AUGGCUGCGUUAGGUUUUGGCAAGAAUCGUCAUAAAAGUGCUGCAGACUCGGCCGAAGGUUUUGUAGACUCUCCAGAGCGAUACGUUCGAAAAAUUACUGAAAGCGACAGCUGCGGUUCCGAACGUGUGGCCACUGUUGGUGAUUAUGUACGCUCUGUGAGCUCAGUUCCCGCUGCACCAAAGGAUGACGAGUCUCUUUAUGCGGUACCCUAUACAAAUGCUAGCGAAAGGAAACCGUCGGUCGAACAUCUUAAAUGUCCUAUAUCUCUACCUAAAGUGUCAACCAUCAGUUCUGUAUCGUCAGUAGUGUCACCUAAGGAUAACUGUCGCGAUCUGAAGAGCCUCCAAAAGAAAGCAUAUGAAGCGCAGAUUGCUAGGGAGGAAGCGAUGACUAGAUAUUACCAAAUGAAGAUCAAGAAACUCGAGCUGGAGAUCGCACAGCUGCAACGAAACAGAAGUGAAAAUGAAAUCCAGUCAUGA